UUAUGUAAACAAACAUCAAACAAUAUGGCCAUGAAAUGUACAAAAUAAAUAAUGAUUACUCUAAAAUGUGAUUAAGAACUACUUCGAUAUAGAAUGUUAAGUACUGUAGUAAUAACGUUAUCCUAUGCAGAAUGUUUAUGGUUACACGAGACAGGCCAUAAAAUAACGGGGCGGGUCGAUAAUGAUCAAUUUGGAAGCUAAACAUUAACGAUUUUGCUUGUCUAGGGUCCAGUUUAUGGGGUUGCAAAGGAGGGAGUAAUUUACUGAAGUCGCAGUUGGCUACCUUGUGAUAAUGGCACAAUAAGCCUUCAAAAUACACAUUUUACUUGCGUAGCCUAUUUUGCCUUGUCAUCCGCAACGGAAUUUCAAUCUUUGUUGACAACGAGUGCGACUCUGUGGAUUGGUCAUUGGGGUGAAAAGAAAACAAACCCGUUUUGCACAUAGGUUUACUCGUAUGCACCGCUUUCUAUGAUUCAAGGCGAGAUUGACAUUUUCGUUUAAUCGAUCAUUUAAAUUGCGUCUGAGCCAUGGCAAGUCCGGAAGGUUUUUAUAUAAAUACUCCUUUAUUGGAGAGCAUAAACAUGUCAAAACGGUUGGGCACCAAUGUGUAUCUAAAAAUGGAAAGUUCCCAACCCUCCGGUUCUUUCAAAAUCCGAGGUAUCGGACACCUGUGUCAAAAGAUGGCAGGAUCAGGGUCCAAAGGAGUUGUUUGCGCCUCAGGUGGCAAUGCUGGAAUGGCCACAGCCUAUGUGGCACGCAAACUAAACAUUCCGGCAACUAUCAUUGUGCCUUCAUCCACGCCUGAGCUGAUUAAGGAGAAACUGAAGGACCAGGGAGCCACAGUCAGAGUUGUGGGAAAGGUGUGGGAUGAUGCUAAUGAGGCAGCCCUGUAUCUUACCCAGACGGAUGGCCUGACCUUUGUCCCACCCUUUGACCAUCCGCUGCUCUGGCAAGGCCAUGCCAGUGUUGUGAGAGAGAUCAAGGCCUCUCUUCCAUCCAAGCCUGGGGGUGUGGUUUUAUCUGUGGGGGGAGGAGGGCUGCUUUGUGGGAUAGUGGAAGGCAUGAAGCAGGUUGGCUGGGACAGUGUGCCCAUCAUUUGCAUGGAGACCAAGGGAGCAGACUGCUUUAACGCUGCAAUAAAGGCUGGCAAAAUAGUUACACUACCGGACAUCACCAGUGAGGCCAAGUGUCUGGGGGCAAAGACAGUGUGCAGCCAGGCCUUUGAGUACAGUAAGGAGGGCAACAUGAACAUAAUAUCAGAGCUGGUCAACGACCAGCAGGCACUACAAGCUGUGGAGAUGUUUCUGGACGAGGAGCGGGUGCUAGUGGAAUUGGCCUGCGGGGCUGCGUUAGCUGCCGUCUACUGUGGAGUCAUCCAGAGACUGCAGGAUGAGGGCCAGCUGCCAGCUCCCCUGUCAGGUCCCCUGGUGAUGAUCGUCUGUGGAGGGAGCAGCAUCAACCAGGCAGAGUUGCGGCAUCUCAGGAAGGUCCUCAACAGAUGAACGGAGACUCUCCUGCAUCUCCAUUAUACUACAGUGUGAUACUUUUAACUAGUUAAGUGAUAAGGUAGACCACUUCGCAGCAGCACGUACAGUUUGGACAAGGCUAUUACAGUCUGACCAGGUCAUGGCUUCAAUGAAAGAUUAUGAGGACAGAUUAAUUGUUUUUGGUUAUCUACAUUUUCACAGUAUUGACAAAUGCUACAACUAAUUGUGAUUGGUUGGUCUCUGACAGCCUUUUUUAGAGAGCUUUUCAAAUGUAGUUGCUGGUUGAGACCAGCAGGUGGUACUCUUUGUCACUGACAAGAUACUUGAUAAUUGACAUUAGUGACCUGACAUAACUAAGUCAUGCUUAAGUAACUCCUUGUGUGUAUUUUUCUACUAAGCUUAUGGUCUUAAGCAGAGGUCUCAAACCGGUUCCACGGAGGGCCAUGUGUCUGCAGGUUUUUGGGUUUUCCUUUAAAUUGGUUCC